UUGGUUGAAAACCCACCAAAGUCAUUCAGUUAGUAGACCGCCGACCUUCAGGCCAGUCGUACCCAAACGGCGCUCGCAAGCGUUUCUCCUCCGCUUUCAAAACGUGUUUUUCUUUAACAUCCACGGUUUUUUGCGGUACUUGUUGUCGCUUCAAAAAUCUCCAUUUGUGCGUAUCGAUUGAUCUUGAGGUUGAAAUAAAUCGAGGCCGUGUGUUUGUUUCUAAAAAACAGUGAAGCAAAAAAAAAAAAAAGAUCAUUAUUGUUUCAGUCACGAAAAAUCGAACAGUUUUUUUUUCUUUCUUCGUCGCUAUUAUCUCCAAUUCGUGACUUGAGGUCCAAUCAAGAAAAUAACUAUACGUCUAUGCACAUUUUGAUUUGGAUAAAACUAUAAAAAAAAAAAGCAAUAUAACAAACGGUCGCCGCGUCUUUUGUGCACGAGCUCCGUGAGUCGUUGAAUUUCUGCGCUGGCGGCUUUUUAUCCUUAUUGUUAUAUUCGUACAAGUGCUGUGUGGAAAAUCAAAAAGGAACACACAUAAGAAGAAGAGAAAAAAAAAAGGACGCAAACAUUAACCCUUCCUCAGUCCCUUAGUUGCAGCAGGCCGACCAGGACCGAAUGUAUUAAAUUACCUUUUUUUUCUCCGGCACUCGGUUGUCCCACUUUGUAUACAUUACAGCACCAGAAGAAGAAAAACAUUGGCAACCCACAAUUUCCGUCAUAAUAAUAAACACCAUGCAUCGGUCAGUCAUCUACUUCCUCAUCUGCUGCGUGUUGGGUAAGAGCACGAGCUACGGUGCGAGCGUCGUCGUCGAUUCGGUCGGAGGACAUCACGUUGCUGUUAGGAAAGUAGUGCCGGAAGGCUCUCAGGUGAGCCUCCAAUGUCGCGUGCCUGUCAAUAGUCAACUGUCGCGGAUGAUGGAUCUGAUUGAACCAUCACCUCUGUCGAAUCCGGUCGUCUGGCUAAGGUUCGAUAUGAAAGAUCCGUCCAACCAGGAGGUUAUCUCGCACGGUGACACUUUAUUGAUCGAUACCAAUCCCCGACUGCGUCUUGCCUUCCAGGAGGACACACGAACUUCCACACUCAUCAUUGACAGGGCCGAAGUUCAAGAUGGAGGCAUAUUCCAAUGCCAAGUUUUUGUUCGAGAUGAAGUCGUGCCCAGUUCUCCUAUCGAAGUGGUGAUAAUCGAAGCUCGGUCCACAACGUCUGGCACGCCCAGCCAGCAAACCAUCACUUCAGCCCAUUAUUACAGCUGCCUGCUCCUCCUUUUUAUGACGCUCCAGGUGAUGCGUUACUCUGUUUUGUUCAGCUAAGAUCGACCUGGAACAGCGAAAAAAAAAACCAUGUAUAUUAUUAUUACUUUCACGUGUGUGUAUGUGUGUGUGUGUAUGUUCUUUUCUUUGGGUUUUUAAGUUAUGUGUAACACGUUUAAUGAGCUUUACAUGAAUAUGGAAAUAAUAGAAAAUUUCGGAAUGAUUAA